AUGUCUAAUACACUUAACGAUAUGAAAGACCAUGAAAAAAUGGACAACGGUCAGAAGCAUUACCUUCUAACCGACCUUUCCCAAAAUUAUUAUGAGGACCAUCUACCGAGUUAUGCCAAAAUUAUGGAAUAUGAUAUUAAAUGCCAACAACAACUUGCUAAAAUAUGGAAAACUUUCGGGACAAUUGAGAAAGAACAUAAGCUGAGAAUGGACGAUAUGAGAAGGUCUGUGUUAAAUUACAGCAAUAACAAUGGGAAGGAAAAUUUCAAUGGCGUUGUUAUGGAAAAUUACAAUUUCAUCAACAUUUGA